CAGGACAUGAUGGUACAGCCUGAAUCCGACAGUAGACUGCUGUUGGAAAGGAUCUUGGGGACAUGCUGUAGGCUAGCCCCUCUGUUUACCACACAGAGAACGGAAGCCCCCUGAGAAACGAAGUGACCUGUUUAAGGGUACAGGCUGAGUGUACUGCGGCGGGGAGCCCCACGGUUUUGAGUUUCUCCAGGUUAUUUUCUUCACAGCGGUCCUGGGGAGGCUGGGAGGAGCAGAGCACGCUUUGCGCUGAGGCUGGGGGAUCAGUCUUUCCGGGGCGGUCCCUAGCGGCGGUGCAUUCCAGAGUCAUCCGUGUGGCGCGUGGAGUUCAGAGCACGCAUCCCAGCCUCUGCUGCGCGCUCCCGGACUUGGGAGUCCCAGCACGUUCCUGGUGCCAGCGGAGCUGAGGUUCCAGAGCUGGGGUAGCUUGAAGCUGCUUGAUCCCCUGCGAUCCUGGGGACCUGGAAGAGUACCGGUUGCUGCUUGUAAAGCCUAGGCGUGGAUCGGGUUCGGAUCGAGGGGCCGACAUGGAUGCUAUCAGCCAAUCACCUGUCGAUGUCCUCCUUCCCAAGCACAUCCUGGAUAUCUGGGCCAUUGUCCUCAUCAUCCUGGCUACCAUCGUCGUCAUGACAUCCUUGUUUCUGUGCCCGGCCACUGCAGUCAUCAUCUAUCGAAUGCGGACUCAUCCGGUUCUCAAUGGGGCUGCCUGAGACCAUUGAAAGUGGGAUGGCGUGUGAUAAGGACACAGGUCUCUCCCCCAGCCUGUUCUCAGAGAGACAGCGGGGAAGACACAGGAGUUGGACUUGCAUUUUAGUUUUGAUUCUGCAGCUGACUGACAGUGUGGAUUUGACCAAGGGACCUAAUGCUGUGGUACCAAGCUCCUUAGCUUUCAACCAGGGGUCAUGGUCCCUGCCUCCCGCUUCCCAGGGUUGAGAACCAUGUGACUUAAUGGAAGUGAAUGCUGUUGGUGAGCAGUGAAGCCACACAGAUGUGUGCCGUGCAGUGAGAAGCUUUGCAGAACCAAAGAUCCUUGAAGCUGCUGACGGUAAAGGAGGUGAGGGAGACUGGGAAAGAGCAGCUUUGGCCAGGGCCCCUCGCACCAAACCGUGCAAGUCUACCCCAUCCUCAGCAAAUCAAACCUUUGAUUUGUGAAACUUCUUCCGUUUUUCUCUGUUGGGGAGAAGGAGCUGGUAUGGCAGAGAGAGAGAGAGAUGAGCACAAGUUUCAUAAACUUCUCUGCCAAUCUCUGCCCCAUGUAACCCGAAGGAGAGCUUUGCUGUAAUUUCACAGUGCCCAAGGAGUCAGUGCCGUGACUCGCUUUCCGCACCGAGUCUCACGUCUCUGUUGGCUUUGACGCUCAAGCAGUGUUGGAAAUGCAGGGUGGCUGAGUUUUCUGCCCAGCAUUCCAGCCCCUUUGUGUGCCCCCCCCCCCCCCAGGAGAGAAUUUCCCUCUCCCUGAACUUUGUUGUCGUUAGCUUCGUGUUUUUGUUUAGUCAUUUUUUUUGUGGCACUGGAGAACUUGGGGCCGUGUUCUGAGUUACAAGCCCUUCCGUCAGCCAUCUAAAGUACUUAUUAUUUUAAGAGAUUUCCCAGGACUCUUGAACCUGACUCAAAACAACGAUGGUUAUUUUAGAUGCUCUGGUUUAUAUUUAUAUAGAGAUAUUUCUAGACUAUUAAAGCUUGCCCUUUGAUACCCAAGUCAGGGGCAUCUUGGGAUCUAUUAUUAUGUAAGAAGAUAGCAUAGAUAUUAGGGUAGUAUUGUGUCAAAUGAUGCUUACUUUGAUCUUAUUUCAUUGAUGUAUGUAUCCAAUUUCCAAUAAAGUGCCUCACUGAG